AUGAUGCUGGCCCCAACCCAACUUGCCUCAUUCCUCUGAUUUACUGUAAAUUUCUACUGUUGUCAUCAACUUUACAAGAAAUCCAUUUAGUUGCUCUGGACGAAGCAUUGAUUGACUUGAUGCAGAAAGUGUUGCGAGAAUCUCACCAGCUUUCUGUCAGCCAAGAAUCAGUACCUGGUGAUCAGGGUCCUAGAAACCGUUCUCCUCCAGAUAAUGAAAAUUUAACUGCAGACACAAGGCAGGAUACUUCAACACAAGAUAAGCCUCCUGGGUCUGUGGAGAAUGGCACAACUCAAGAAUCUGCAGAAAACAGUGCCAGUGAGGAGGGUGGUGGUGUUGACGAAAGUUAUGUAAACAAUAUAAUGGGGAUAGAAGAUGUUAAAAUUCAACCUUCCACUGACGAUCCCAGGGAUGAAGUUGAUGAGACAGAGUUAGGGGCUGUGGGGGGGCUGUCUCCUGCUACACCAGAAUUCACUCAGUACUGUUAUUCCUCCAACUCUGAUGAUGGUUACGAAGAUGAUGAUAAAAUUACAAAAACAAUGUUUAAAAGAGGAGAUUCAACUAUAAGCACUGCGAGCCAAGAAGACAAUCUAGAUUUUGUAAACAUUCUGAACUCUGCCAGUGUUAAAAAGGGGAUGAAACAUUUAGCGCCGAUUGUUGACCCUGUUUCUCCUGCUUCGCCUGCAAAAACCUUUGUGUGCUCCAUCUGUAUGGAGGAGAAAGGACCAUUGUUGCUCAAAACACUUGACAAGUGUAGGCACAUGUUUUGUAAAGAGUGCAUUACAAAACAUCUACAGAUACAAGGAACAUGUCCGAUAUGCAAGCACCGCUACUCUGAUCCUCAAGGCAAUCAGCCGGAUGGUGUGAUGUCAUACUUCAUUGCUGAAGACACAAACUUGGCUGGCUACGAAAGUGUUGGAACCAUUGUUAUAGAGUAUGACAUUCCUGAUGGUAUACAAUCA